CGUCUCUCAGAGCAUUUUCACAUCACUCCACUACAUCUCGGGAGAAACUCCGCCCACGAAACAGUUAACCCAGAGUAUUCAAUCCCUCAGGUGAUACAUCCGCGAUGUACGCCGCCCACCAAUUCUCUGCCCUCGCCGCCGAGCCCACCACCCUCCGCGAAGAGGCCUCCCUCCCACUCUCCCACUCCCAGCCGCACCCACAGCCCUAUCCCGCCCUCUACACUUCGAACGGUGCGCAGCAUGGAUAUCCCUCCCAGCAGGCCUACCCCCAACAGCAACAUCAGCAGCAGACACUCCAUACAGGCAUGGCAGCAGCUUCCCCAUCGCCCUACGAUCGCAAAGUAGAGAAAGUCGAGGGGGGAGGUUAUGGAGGGUACGCUGGUGUUUACCCAGGCGCGGGACCGAUGCAAUACAACGCCGCAACCAAGAACAGACAGUACGCCGCGCCAGCAGCGGACGCUUGGUCGGCCCAGCCGUCUAGUUUCAAUCUUGACAUGAGUGGGAUGGGGCAGACCUCGGGGAUGAAUCCAGGGUAUGCGCCGUUUCAAUCAUCCCAGCAGCAGGCGCAGCAGCAGGUCGGCGGUCUAAGCGGUGGAUGGAGCGCACCCCAGCAGCAGCAGCAGCAGGCAAACGCAGCAGCCCCACCCCGCUUACGCCGCAACUCAUCCCGCCUCCCUGUCGGCCAGAUCGCGUGGGGCGGCCCGCCGGCACCGUUGGCUGGAACCACCCCGACGGCGCCCAUGUCGCGAGGGUAUUCCUAUGCUCAACAUCAGCAGCAGCAGCAGCCACUACAACAACAGCAACAACAGCACAUCCCACCUCCACCCACCCAAACGUCCCAACAACAAUCAUCCCACUCCCUCUCCUUGUCCACCCCACCACAGCAAACUUUCCCCAAUGUACAACGCGCCGCAUCCUUCGCGCACAUCUCACCCCGUAAAGACUCAUUGUAUCAACAGCAACCGGGGGCGUUGACGCACGCGCAGUCGUUCAUUGAGCCUCGGCAACUGCAACAGCAGCAACAACAACAGCAGCAGCAGUAUGGCCAGCAGUGGGCGUCGACGACGAUGCGGCCAGCGCCAGUGAGUGUGAAUUCGGGGACGUAUCGGUAUUAUCUGGGGGAGGAUGAUGGGCCGCAGGCUGGAACCCAAGGCCUCGCGGCCACCAUCCUGUCCAAAGUUGAUUCGUUCGGGUCCAAGCUCGCUGACGCUUUUGGGUUGACGGCACCUGCGAAUGAGCAGUACGGUGGGAGUAGCGGGUAUAACAACCAACCCAACCGACCCACGUACAACAACACGUCCCGCGGCCCGACCUACCAGCCACCCAACCCGGCGGGCAUGGCGCCGUACGGCCGAAGCAGGUCGGAUAUUUACCCGACGCAUGAUCCGACUGCGUUGGUGUGAGAUUGGAUGUGUACGUUUGGAAGUUUUUGCUUGCAUUUUGGUUUUUUGGUCUCCCAAAUCCCCACACC